AUGGCGCGUGGCGAGUUCUGGCUGCUGCUGAGCGUCGCGACGAGUGUUUUUGCGACGUCGUCGCGGCCUUGCGCUUCUCGCGACUUCGGCCACGGAAGCGUCGUCUGUGUCUGCAACGCGACCUAUUGCGACGAGGUCGAGCUUCUAGGAGAAGUCACGGCCGGAAAUGCCGUCGUCUUUACGUCUUCCAAAUCGGGCAGGCGGCUUGAAAGAUCCGUUCUGACCAGCUCCAGCAGCUCGCCAGGUAGUUUGGCUUGGGAAAAUCAACUUUUUUAAUAGAUUUUCUAAAAAUACUUCGUAUAAUUAUUCAAAUUUAUUAAUCGUUUUUUUCAGGAAACGCCUUGAAAUACACGGUGAACACGGCGACGAAGAUGCAGACGAUGAUGGGAUUCGGCGCCGCCUUCACAGACGCCGUCGGAAUCAACCUCGUGCGGCUGCCCCCGGCCAUGCAGGACCAGAUCCUGUCGCAGUACUUCAGUCCUAGCGGUUGGUUUCCUUUCCUGACCUCUAUUUGGCUGGUCAGGACACGGCUACACGAUCGGACGAGUCCCGAUGGCCAGCACCGACUUCUCGACCCACGAGUACAGCUACGACGACAUUCCGCUCGACUUCGACUGGCUUCACUUCAACCUCACCGCGGAGGAUUUCCUUUACAAGGUUUUAUCUUCUCUAUCACAGUAGUUUUAGAAAAAAUGACAGAUAUCUUGAUUAUAAGAAGUUUUUCUUAUAAUUCUUCUUCAUUAAGGUUCUCUUUUUUCCAUUUUUUAGAACUAAAAAUUGUUCUCAUCAUUCUUUCAUCGAAACAUAUUUAUAGGCCGGGAGGUAAACUUUCACUUUUGCAAACUUUUUCAAAGCUUCCUCUAACUUAAAAAUUUUAUAAAAAUCCCAUAGUUAUCCAUAAUGAGCAGAUAAUUAUACAGAUUUUCUAGUUAGAAAUUUUUGUCUGCAGAUCCCUUUUAUUUCGAAAGCAAUUCAACUGACAAACGAUAGCCUGAAUCUUUUCGCUUCUCCAUGGAGCGCACCAGGUGAGAUUCUUUUUUUUCUCAUUUUUGAAUGAAAAUUGAAAAAUUAAAAACAGACGGUUAAGGCUGGAUGAAGCCGAGUGGACACAUGAAAGGCGGCGGCUCGCUUUUGGGAGAUCCUUCAGGACCUUAUUACGUUUCCUGGGCGAACUACUUCGUUAAGUUUACUGAUCUCUCGUUUAUGAUUUGAAACGACUUUUUUCCAGAUUUUUCGAAGCGUACCACGCUCAGGGCAUCGAUUUCUGGGGCCUUACCGUCCAAAAUGAGCCAAUGAGCGGAGCCGAUCCCAACUACCCAUGGCAAACCAUGUAUUUCAGCGCCGCCAUGGAGAGGUCCUAUUACCAGUUUCAAUCGUUCGAAAAAAAAAGAAUUAGUUUACAAAAAAACCGGAUUGUCAAUAUGACGGAACAAUGAACGGUUAUAGUAAAGUAUAUAACCUUUACUUUAUCAGCAUCUUUUUUCUCUUUAUGAAACAAAACAAAAAAAAACUACAUCUUUGACUUACUACAAUAAACUUCUUGAUUUCCUUAAAACUCUUAUAAAUUUAAGAAGCGUUGAAAAAAUUACUAAAAAACUGAGAAGAUUUGAAGUGGCCCCUAUAAAGAGUGUAUUAGGAGCUCUUAACGGUGCCUCAACGAGGACCCCUAAAGCUUUUGGGUUUUAGAGGAACGCCCAGAAAACAAUAUGGAGGUCACUAAAAUUUUGACGCCUAUGGGGACCAAAAAAUUGUCCCCUAUAGUGAUCUCUAAAAAAAUACAAAGCCCUAUAGAGACCGCUCCAAAUUCCCGUAGAGAUGAAAUGCUUCAAGGGAAUGGAUAUAAAUGAAGUUGGGUUUUGGUCUGUUAAAUUUAAAUUUGAAAAAAAAGAAAACUUGAUGAAAAAGAGGACAUUAUGGCGAGUCUAAAUUUGGUUUUUUGUUCAAAAAAAAAAUGAAUGAUUCUAGAGAUUUCGUCAAGAACCACCUCGGACCAGCUCUAAAAGCGUCGAGCCUGACUAAAGACCUGAAAGUGAUGAUCAACGACGACCAAAGAACCAACAUGCCGAUUUGGGCCGAUAUUUUCUCGCUCUGCAGACAUUCAGAGCAAAGUUGCAGAUCUUGAAAGAUCCGCUGGCGGCUCAGUACGUCUCCGGGAUCGCGAUGCAUUGGUACGAAGACUGGGCCGUGCCGGCCACCGUCCUCAGCGUCACUCAUGCCCGUCAUCCCGACUACUUCAUUCUGGCGACUGAGGUGAGGUCUGAAGAACAAGUUAUUCUAAAACCAGUACUUGAGUAUUCUUCAAAAUUUCCUCCAAAUAUUCAGAUAUACACAAUGAAGAUCCAGGAACUCUCAACUUCUAAAAAAAAAUUCUAGUCUGUGAGAAGUUAGGUGUCUAAGCCAAGUUGUGAAAAAUCGAAUAUAACUCUGAAGAGCUUGGUAGUUUACGGUUCCUUAAAUACAUCGUGUUUUGUUUAAUUUCUGUAAAAUUUUCGAUUGCUAGGAUUUACUUUUAACGUUUUUAUUCCAACUUUUAUUUUUUCCUUUUUGUGCUUUAAAGCUUAAAGAAAGAUAAUACAACCAAAAGAUCGCCACUCAAAAAUUCGAUUUUUGAAAAAUACUUUUUUGUUGGAUUUUGACUUGAAAUUCGGGUUGCUCGUGGCCAUUUAUGUGAUAGCUUACUCUUUUUUGUCAAUAGAUACCCCGGGAAAUAUAAAAAUAAAGAAAAGCCUAGAAAUGUUUUAUUUGAAGUAGACUUUGCGGUCCCUACUUUCUUGUGAGCUUUACCUAUGAUAAAAGGACUCCUAGGCGUGCACAGCCUACCUGCCAGGCCAAGCGAAGCCGAUCCUCGGAGACUGGGAUCGAGCCGAACAAUACGCCAACGACGUCAUCCAGGCAUGCCGUGUCUAUUCGGCCCUCUGAUCAGCUACGUCUUCGUUCAGGACGUUGAGAACUGGGUAUCCGGCUGGGUUGACUGGAACUUCGUGCUCGACAUGCAAGGCGGUCCCAACUGGGUCAACAACACUGUCGACUCGCCAAUCAUCGUCAACGCCGACGCCGUCGAGUACUACAAGCAGCCGAUGUGGCACGCCUUGGGUCAUUUCAGGUUGGUCUCCAUGAUUAAUCACUAAGGAAUUCCUUCAAGUCGCUUCGUCAAGCCUGGCGCAGUUAGAGUUGAGCUGAACGUGUCGAAGAAGAAUUCUGACUUGGAAGGCGUCGCUUUUCUAAACGAGGACGGUACCAAAACCGUCGUCCUCCUCAACAAAAGCUUGGUUUGUUUUUAAAAAAGUAAUUUUUAAAGGCUUUGGAAAAUUCAUAGAAAUUCCUCAAUUCCCACUAAAAUAGUCUCCCUUGCAAGGUCAAUAAUAGUUUGACGUUCUCAGAAAAACUCGGACCCUAUCACCGUCAGCGACUCUUCGAGUUCAGACAACGUGUAUUCCAUCGCCUUGGAGCCUUCUUCCAUUGUAACUAUCGUUUUUCGAUAA